AUGUCACGAGCUCAAGGAAGAAGCUCUCGAUUUCCUGGCGCCAGUGCCUUUUCCAGCAGCUCCCAUCCGGGUACGUCAGGGUUCGGCGGCUUCUCGUCAACCCAGGCCGGCAGCGGUCUCUCCUACCUGACCGAGCCUCCCGAUUUCUCCUCCAUCUCUGAUGCGAAUGUUGGUGUCGCCUUCAAGAACUUGCUCAAGAAAGAUGCCACAACCAAGACAAAAGCUCUGGAGGAGCUCGUGGCAUACGUGAGAGCGCACCCUCACGAGCAGCAUGGAGGGCCCGAAGAGGCGAUUCUGGAAGCUUGGGUGCGUCCCCCUGGAGCCUGCGAACUUGUAAAGCGCAUGGAGAAACGGGUGCCGAAAGUGGUUGGCACCUGGCUCGCAGGCACGACAGACAAGGAUCGUGCAGUCGCAAACGCGGCCAGCCAAGGCCUCUCGUCCUUGCUGACCAACAUCGACAAGGUCCUCGCUUUCUGGAAGAAGUGCCAGCACCAGAUCCUCACGUACUCGGCCGAAGCGAUACGAGAAACGAAAGAUACCCUUAGCGACGAACGAUCGACGACGGCCGAUGAUGCGGAGGCGAAAUACUUUCGUGUCGUAAACUCUAGUCUGUCGUUGGUUCUUGAACUAUUACAGAAGCUGGAGCAAGCCGAUCUUGACGCCGAGGCGGACUCCUACGACAUCUUUUUCUCGGAGGACGUGGUAUGGAAGAGUGCGACCUUUGCCGACUCAGCGGUCAGGAAGGUCGCCUGCGAACUUCUAUGGACCUGUUUGGAGAAGAGACACGAUUCUGUCGCAUCACAAGUGUCAAGACUGAAGAAGAUCUUUGUCACAGAAGGACUCAAGAGCAACCAGACCGGCUCUGCUGUUGAGUAUGUGAGGGUUCUAACCCGCUUGACGCAAAAGUUCCCCGAAGUUUGGUCAUCGAGCAGCGACAAGAAGACGCCCAUCUCUCGUCUACAGAUUUUCUUGGAAAAGGGGUCGCAAGGUAGCUCGGUCAAGUUCUGGGGCUACCUGGAGCAAUUGCUCGCAGUCCUUCCGACCGAACAGCUGACUCACGAAUCCGCGUCCGACAUUCUAGGGUCGUUGAGAGUCGGUAUUGCGAGUCGUGGAGAACCUCGGAUCAACGCGCCAUCAGCAUGGACAUGCUACGUUCGCGCUGCGCGGCACUUUCUCACCUUGUUGCCGCCCGAUGGCCCUCAGUCUCAGUUCCUUCUUGACCAUAUUUUCCCUCUCAUCAGCCACUACCUGAAACCCACGACGGAAACGACGGGAUGGGAUGUGGGAGGCAAACCAGGUACCCCGGUUCUCGUGGAAGCAUUCGGCAUCACCGUAGACCGUCACCUUGAGGGGGCUCAAACAGAGAUUGCAGAUGCAUGGCAGCGGCUAUCCUCCGAAUUAUGUUCCAAGAUAUCCAGCUCCCUUCCAGAGGUGUCGAAAGACUACGAAAAGUCACAAGAUGCCGUUGCCCAAGAGGGCGACCGGUGGUUCUUACUUGUUGGUCAAAUUCACGCCAAAAUACCUGCCGCGCACCAGAAAGCGCAGGUCCUGGACGGUCCAUCCAAGGAUAUCGUGUUUCGCGCCAUCGAAUUGCUGGCCAACAGAAAUCUCAAGCCGUAUGGCGCUGCGAGCGUGCUGCACAGUGUCGGCCGACAUGCUUCCUUCAUUUGGGAAGACAAAUUCGUUUUGACAGCAUUCGAGAAAUUCCUACUUGAGCAGGGCCGUGACCACAUGGACUUAAUCCUUGCCUCACGGUCGCGUAAAGACCUCGUUGCCUGUGUUUCAGGCUUGGGAGCUUCACAAAACCAACACGCAGCAUUCUCCACGAUCUGGAAGACUUGGGUAGAUACCCUUAUCCUUCAGCAAGAGAAGCCUGCAGCACUCGAAGCUAUCGGAAGUUUGGCAACGUCACAAAGUGGAAUCACGUUUGCCUCGUCUCAUGCAGGCUACCAGGACUUGUUGGCAGCCAAAGCGUCUCAAUCCUUGCAAGGUUCUACCGAUGCGUGGUCAUUCCUAGAGGAGGCUUUCAGCAAAGAAACUGUCACUGAUCGUGUAUCGGAAAGCAUUGUUCAAGAGGCACUCACACUUCUCGGCCGAGACAAACAACACACCGACAACGCUGUACGAGCCCUCGAGAUGAUUGCCAGCCGCAACCCUGCGCAACUUUCACGGGAUGAUACGACGCACAUGGUUCUCAUUACAUCUUUGCUUGGCCUAGCUGAAUUGGACGAUUCUACCAUCUCGUCCCGCGCCAACACAUUGCGAUCUCUCAUCGACAAGCCGUCAGGCGGGAAGCAAGCUGCAGUGGCAAUCAUACGCAGAAACUUGGAGGAUGCGAAUCACCAAUCACUUGGUAUCGAAACACUAUGUGACCAAGCUAUCCAAGCCGCCGAGGGCGGCGAUGUCGCUAUCAAAGAUCUACUCCCAAACACUACUGUAUGGAUGCAAGAGUUGCGACCAUUCCUCCAAAGCGACGUAGAUCCUUCACUGGCAAUCACGAGCAAUAUUGCAGGAGCUCAAUUCCUGGUCCAGCCUGAGGACUCUGAUGAGCAGAAGCGCAUACGAAGAGAUCGGGAAGGACGCUCCAUUCCGGCUCGCAUGGCGCUCUACACUGCUCAGCUUCUGGCGUCCCAGAUUAAUCUUCAGGGGUUGCUGGAGAAGUCCGAUGCCAAGAUUCUUUUGCUUCUUGCAGUUUCAAUUCAACUGACCUCGGAUCAAAUCACGUUGCAGGAUACUCACAAACUAUGGGCCAGUCUAGCAUACAAGGAUUCUUUGCCGUCAGCGGAAAGCCUAGUCUCGACUUCGCGAACCGCAAUCAACGAGCUUGCAGAGAAGGCGACUGGAUGGAGUCAUGAAACGAGUGCAGGAACCACAGAAUUGGUCAACGGCUUGGUUGAAUUGAUGGCCACAAAGACAAGAGACCUUACGCCGUUGGGUCUCUACAACGCCAGAGCCCUGAAUGACCUUAUCGGGACUCUGACAGAUCAUCAUGGCCCACCCUCAUCGGUCGAUGAUGUGCUUGUCAAAUUUGACGCGGUGAAGGCGUCACCUACGACUAUUCUCGGCGCUGUUGCUCUCUUAGACGGAUUUGGGGAGGUGCUGCAGUCGUCGAAGCUAGUCAAUACGCUUUGCAACCGCCUGAUCAGCGACGCAGCAGGACUUUCAGCCCAAUCCGAGAAGACCUUGCCCACGCUUGUGCUCCUCAACACCUGCACCCGAGUAUUUGGUGUCGGAGAGAUACCCGUCGCUAACAAUCGAUUGGUAUUUGCAAUCCGUCAAAUCACCUCUUGGCUAGACGAUCCGGUUGGCUUAACCCCAGCUUUGUCGACGGAGAUUUGUCGAGCGUUGCACAUGCUGCUUCCCAGCAUAAAGGACGUAUAUGGACCGCACUGGGAGCGCACGAUUGAGUUCUGCACGACGCUCUGGUCUAAGGCUGCAUCUGAUGAUCUAGAGGACGCCAUUCCUUACAUCCAUGCGUCUCUGAGGCUGAUGAAUACCCUCGAGUCUAUCUCUGAGCCUAACGAUGACCUGGUGGACGCCAUUCAGGAAGCCGCAGAGAACAAAUCGCGUGCCCUCUUGACGCUUCUUGAGAUGCCGAGGGAGAAGAGCACGCAGCCUCUAGAGAUUAUUGACGGCCUCAUCUGCCGCCAGGUUGAGAAGAUCCCACUGAAGCAUGUUGCCGACCUCUCAGACCUCUAUGGUCUCGUGUCUUCCGAGUCGCGCGACAUUCAAACUGCUGCCUUCAGCGUGCUUCACCGGUCAUUGCCAGCCAAACAAGAACAGCUGUCGAUUGAUGUUCUUUUGGAGAAGUCUGACGCGCGUCUACCUGAUGAACUGCUCUCUCUGUUGCUAGAGGCGCCGACCCUGGAAAAGUAUUCAGACGAGGUUCUCGCCCAGUUUCCCACCGCAAUACGGUCUUACCUCCUCACAUGGUGCCUCGUCUUCGACGCCUACAGCACCGCAUCUCUCAAGGUUCGAAACGACUAUACUGAGCACUUGAAGACCGAAAAUUACGUCGGCCCUCUGAUGGAGUUUACGUUUGACGUUCUCGGCCACUCUGCCGCUCACGCCUUAAAUCUCGAUCGCGAGGGACUCACAAUCGAGCAGAUCAGAUCCUACGACCUCAAGGUUGCCGAUUCAGAGCCUGAGGAAAAGAAUCUGCACUGGCUCCUUGUUCACCUGUAUUAUUUGACUUUGAAGUAUAUACCUGGUCUUUUCAGGGCCUGGUACAUAGAGUGCCGCUCGAAGCAGACCAAGAUUGCAGUGGAGGCGUGGAUGAUCAAAUACUUCUCACCUUUGAUCAUCUCGGAGGUCCUCGACGAAGUUGCCGUCUGGGCGUCGUCGCAAGAAGCACCGGCUGCAGAUGAGAACGAAUUGGUCGUCAAGGUAAGCCCGACGGCCAAGGAAAUCACAGCUGGAUACGAAGUCGACGAGUCACUGGCGUCCAUCGCCAUUCGAGUCCCGGCGGGCUACCCUCUUGAAGGCGUCAACGUCGUCGGACUCAACAGAGUUGCGGUCAAUGAGCGCAAGUGGCAGAGCUGGUUGAUGACGACUCAGGGUGUCAUUACUUUCUCGAACGGCAGCAUCAUUGACGGCCUCACCACCUUCCGUCGCAACAUUGUCGGCGCCCUCAAGGGUCAGAGCGAGUGCGCCAUUUGCUACUCCAUCAUCUCAACGGAUAAGAAGAUGCCGGAUAAGAAAUGUUCGACCUGCAAAAACCUCUUCCACCGAACCUGCUUGUACAAGUGGUUCCAGAGCAGCAACCAGAACACAUGCCCUCUGUGUCGUAACCCGAUCGACUAUCUUGGCUCGGAUGUGAAGACGAGGAGGGCAGCAGCUGCGUAA